AAAGGAAAGAGAGAGAAAAGAAGAAAAUGGUGAUUCCAGAUAUAUUUUCUGGAUGAAGUUUUUUUGUGUGAAUUUGUAUCGAUCGGUGCUUAAUCUCCUAGAGGAGAGAAUGAAGAAGGAGAUGAUAGAAGAGAUGGUGAUAGUAGGAGGUUUAGUAAUGGUUCAAUUUGUAUACGCAGGCAAUUCUUUGCUCAUGAGUUAUUUGAUGUCACUUGGUCUUGGCCCUUUCACCAUUGUCAUCUUCUCUACCUUUGCCACUUUCAUAAUCCUCUCGCCUUUCGCCAUUCUCUUCGAAAGGAAGCAAUGGCCAAAUGAGCUUAGUUUGAGGCUGAUUUGUAAGUUAGUUUUGAUCUCCUUUGCAGGGGUUACUCUGUUCCAGUCUCUGUUUUUAGAAGGAAUCAGGUUGACAUCACCAGCAAUGGCAACAGCGAUGCCUAAUCUCGCUCCUGGUCUUAUUUUCUUCAUCGCUUGGAUCGUAGGGUUAGAGAAGAUGAAUCUGAAAUGUGUGUACAGCAAAUUGAAGAUCUUAGGGACAUUGUUGUGUGUAUUCGGCGCUUUAACCAUGAGCAUAAUGCACAGCACUUCGAUCAGUCACAAAGAAGAAGACGAUACUCCAAUAUUCGUCUUUGAUCGAGACAAGGUCGUCGGAUGUAUCUACCUUCUUGGAGCCGUCUUUGUUUUAUCUACCAACGUUGUUCUUCAGGCGUCAACAUUGGCAGAGUUUCCGGCACCGAUAUCGUUAAGUGCAAUAACGGCAUUACUAGGAGUGUUGAUAACAACGGUGGUAUUACUAUUACAAAACCGAAAGGCAAGAGUACUUACCAGCUCAUUUAUUAGUUUCGGUAACCUCGUUGGUUAUUCUGUCUUGGCAGGGACAGUGAGUGGAGCAUGUGUUAGCUUUAAUGGAUGGGCCAUGAAGAAACGUGGACCGGUUUUGGUUUCAAUGUUUAGUCCUUUCGCUACCGUUAUUUCGGUUGCUUUCUCCGUUUUGACAUUAGGAGAGUCCGUUAGCCUUGGAAGUGUGGGAGGGAUGGUGUUGAUGUUCGUAGGGCUAUACCUUGUGUUAUGGGCUAAAGGCAAAGAAGGGUUCUCUGAAAUUGAGAGUUUUGAGAGUGAGUUCGACUCUAAGAAGCCUCUUUUGUCUUGAUUGUUUUCAUUUUGUUCGUCUUCUUCUUCUAUCAAUUUAUGGAAAAGAAAAAUGGUCGAAAAUU